CCCACGCCCCCGCGCCCCGCGGCAGGGGCUGCGGCGAGAUGGCCGCGCGUGUCGGCCUCCUGCUGCGCGCCCUGCAGCUGCUGCUGUGGGGCAGCCUGGACGCCCAGCUGGCGGAGCGCAUAGGCCAGGAGCUGCACAGGGAGGCAGAGGCAUUCCUGGAGAAGUAUGGAUAUCUCAAUGAACAGGUCUCCAAAGCUCCCACCUCCAGGCAAUUCAGCAAUGCCAUCAGGGAGUUCCAGUGGGUGUCCCAGCUGCCGGUCAGUGGCGUGCUGGACCCCGCCACCCUGCGCCAGAUGACGCGGCCCCGAUGCGGGGUUGCAGAUACUGACAGUCAGGCGGCCUGGACCGAGAGGGUCAGUGCUCUGUUUGCUGGACACCGGGCCAAAAUGAGGCGUAAGAAACGCUUUGCAAAGCAAGGCAACAAGUGGUACAAGCAGCACCUCUCCUACCGCCUGGUGAACUGGCCCCGGCACCUGCCAGAGUCGGCCGUCCGGGGGGCUGUGCGCGCCGCCUUCCAGCUGUGGAGCAACGUGUCGGCGCUGGAGUUCUGGGAGGCCCCAGGCACAGGCCCUGCUGACAUCCGCCUCACCUUCUUCCAAGGGGACCACAAUGACGGGCUGGGCAACGCCUUCGAUGGCCCAGGGGGCGCCCUGGCGCACGCCUUCCUGCCCCGCCGCGGCGAAGCGCACUUCGACCGAGACGAGCGCUGGUCGCUGAGCCGCCGCCGCGGGCGCAACCUGUUCGUGGUGCUGGCGCACGAGAUCGGCCACACGCUCGGCCUGACCCACUCGCCCGCGCCGCGCGCGCUCAUGGCGCCCUACUACAAGAGGCUGGGCCGCGACGCGCUGCUCAGCUGGGACGACGUGCUGGCUGUGCAGACCCUGUAUGGGAAGCCCCAGGGGGGCUCAGUGGCCAUCCAGCUCCCAGGAAAGCUGUUCACUGACUUUGAGGCCUGGGACCCCCACAGACCCCAGGGAAGGCGACCUGAAACCCAAGGUCCUAAAUAUUGCCACUCAUCCUUCGAUGCCAUCACUGUAGACGGGCAGCAGCGACUGUACAUUUUUCAAGGGAGCCACUUCUGGGAGGUGACAGCUGAUGGCAAUGUCUCGGAGCCCCACCCACUACAGGAAAGGUGGCCUGGGCUGCCCCCCCACGUUGAGGCAGCAGCAGUGUCACUGGAGGAUGGAGACUUCUACUUCUUCAAAGGGAGUCGAUGCUGGAGGUUCCAGGGCCCCAAGCCAGUGUGGGCUUCGCCACAGCUGUGCCAGGCAGGCGGCCUGCCCCGACACCCCGACGCGGCUCUCUUUUUCCCUCCUCUGAGCCGCCUCGUCCUCUUCAAGGGUGCCCGCUACUAUGUGCUGGCCCGAGGGGGGCUACAGGUGGAGCCCUACUAUCCCCGAGGCCUGCGGGACUGGGGUGGUGUCCCUGAGGAGGUCAGUGGCGCCCUGCCCCGGCCCGACGGCUCCAUCAUCUUCUUCAGAGAUGACCGCUACUGGCGCAUCGACCAGGCUAAACUGCAGGCCACCGCCUCGGGCCCCUGGGCCACAGAGCUGCCCUGGAUGGGCUGCUGGCACGCCAACUCAGGGGGCGCCCUGUUCUGAAGGCACCCCCACCUCUUAGUGAACUGUUGGUGCCCUCCUGGCCCACUUGUGUCCCCUGCCCCAGGGGCAGAAGCUGUCUUGGAAGCUCUGAGCCUCCCUGCAGAAGACCCGGCAGGGAAGUUUGUCUGCGUUUGUUCCCUGGGGAAUGUGGCGUUGUCUUUGUGCUGUCCCCACCACAGGGAGGUGGGGCUGGGAUCAAUCCGAGGAGAAACCAAAAAGGGUCUCAGACCCCACGGCCCUUUCCCCAAGGACUCUUUCCUCCUCAAGCUUGGGGGAUUUUGUUUCUUCUGCUAAAGGUGCAGUUCUGUCUAUAAGGCAGCAGCACUGGGCAACCAGGGAGGAUGCAAAACUCAACAGAGAGGUUGGGACCAUUUUGCAAGAGUGUCCCCUUCCCCUCAAGACCUCUUGGUUGAGUCCUUGGAGAACUGUGCCUUAUUUAAUCAGAGGCCCCACCCCCAGGAAGCCUGCAUGGGUUGGGUUCAAGGGUCACCAACCUCAGAGGCCCUGAGGGGGCUCAGGACCCAGAGCAAGAGGGAGACUGAUGCAGGCAGGCUUGCUGGGCCCUGGCUUUUUGUGGGGGGCUGGAAUAAAGAGGUGCCCCCAGCUGGAGCGCCUGGAGGUGCAAACCAGCCAUC